CCUCUUCCUUCCCUUCGCUUCUGCCACUCCUCUCUCUUGCUCUUCUCUUUCCAGCUCUCCUCCUCUCCCAUUCUCACUCUCAGCCUGUCUCCCUUCGCCUACUCUCUCUCUUACUCUUGCUCACUCCUGCUCAGCGUCCCUCCAGAACAGGCUGUUUCCCUGCUCUCCGUCCUCUACAGACCAAGGGUCGAGGCAUGCGGCCAUGGAGCCGCAGUUAUUAGUCAAUGCUUCAGGCAAUUCUUGCGCCCCAGAACUAGAGCAGGAGUCACAGUCAGCAGGUCCAGGACGCUAUUCCGGCUUGCAUCCUGGAGGGUUCUCGGCGCCUGUGGCAGUGUUGCUGGCCACGCUCAUGGCGCUGCUGGUGCUGACCACGGUGCUGGGAAAUGCUCUGGUCAUCCUAGCAUUUGUGGUGGAUCGGAGCCUGCGCACGCAGGGAAACUUCUUUUUCCUCAACCUGGCCAUCGCGGACCUGUUGGUGGGUGGAUUCUGCAUCCCUCUCUACAUCCCUUACGUCCUGACAGGAGAGUGGAAGUUCGGGAAGGGGUUAUGCAAGUUGUGGCUGGUGGUGGAUUAUCUGGUGUGUACUGCCUCUGUCUUCAACAUCGUCCUCAUCAGUUUUGACAGGUUCAACUCUGUCACCAGAGCGGUAACUUACAGAGCUCAGAAAGGGAUGACCAAAAAUGCUGUCUUUAAGAUGGUCAUAGUGUGGAUAGCAGCUUUCCUCCUUUAUGGUCCUGCCAUCAUCAGUUGGGAGUACAUUGCCAGAAAAAGCAUCCUGCCUCGAGGAGAGUGCUAUGCUGAGUUCUACUACAACUGGUAUUUCUUGAUGAUUGCUUCCACCAUUGAAUUCUUCACUCCCUUCAUCAGUGUCUCCUAUUUUAAUCUGAGUAUCUACAUCAGCAUCAGAAAGCGCACACUUCUAAGAAUGGACAACCUGGACUCCAGUAGAGAGAACUGUGAAAUGAACCUCCUGGGGAAAAGAAAAGGGCAUGUCAUAUUUUUUGUUAAGCCAGCCGAGUGGAACAAGAACAAGAAGAAAGACCAUUGCCUCUUCCCCACUGGGCCCUUAGGUCCCAAGCAUGAUAGCCCCUCCUCCUUGGACACACACAGGGCACAAGAUCUGCAAGUCAAAAUGAAAACCAAGCCAGGUCAAGUCUAUGAAGCCACAGAAAGUAUCUGCAAUGCCACAAGGCACCCAGACAUUGCCAGGACAAUGGCAAACCGCCUUCGGCUCUCUCGGGACAAGAGAGUGGCUAAAUCUUUGGCCAUCAUAGUGUGUGUAUUUGGGCUGUGCUGGGCACCUUACACUCUGCUCAUGAUCAUCAGAGCUAUGUGUCAUGGGACAUGUGUCCACCAUUUUUUCUAUGAAUUCUCCUUUUGGCUACUGUGGCUAAAUUCGGCCAUUAAUCCUGCUUUAUACCCACUCUGCCAUGUGAGCUUUCGGAAAGCUUUCAUUAAACUGCUAUGUCCUGGUAAAGCCAAAAUUCACCCACAUAUUCUUAGGUGAAGAAAAGGCCAUAUGUGGUUAAGAUCACCAAAACUUUCACUUAUCUGAAAAGUGGGGUGUAUGAAGUCCACUUGGUGACUACUAAUCACUCUUCUUGUACUACAGUUCUUACCAUGGAGUCUCUUUCAGCAACAAAAUGAGAAAGUAUCACUGCAAGUACUAUUCAGGGUUUAACAUUCUAUCUGGGUGAGGAUGAGUUUUUCAGGAGGGGAAAGUCAUUUAAAUUUUUUUUUCCCCCUUGGGAAAGACUUUCAUGAAAUUUAAAAAUUAUUUGAGCCCAAGUUCAUUUGAUUAGAUUCAUACAGAGAAAUUUAUUUUUUUCUUAAAUAAUAAGUGUACAAUAUGUUCAAGUAUAGUAUCCUUUUUAUUUAUAGUGCAAUGUGAGUAUUCAUCAGAUAUUUGUAUAGUAUUAUACUUUGUAAGCCUUGGUUAAAGCCAAUGCCUAUUUAUAAAAUAAUACAUGGAUAAAUAAAAGUACUUCUUUUGAAAACUCAAAUAAAAGAAA